AUGGGUACACACGUGGAACAGCCUUGUUAUACUUUAAUUAAUGUGCCAUCUGAUGUUGAACAAUUGAAUGAAAUGCAAUUAAAACUUGAUUUGGAAAAAGGAGAUGUUAAAACUAAAAUUGAAGCAUUAAAAAAAACUAUACAUAUGAUUUUAAGCGGAGAAAGACUUCCAGGAAUUCUAAUGACCAUUAUCAGAUUUGUUCUUCCCCUACAAGAUCAUAUGGUGAAAAAAUUAUUACUAAUAUUUUGGGAAAUAGUUCCAAAAACUAAUCCUGAUGGAAAAUUAAUGCAGGAGAUGAUUUUAGUGUGUGAUGCUUAUCGUAAAGAUUUACAACAUCCUAAUGAAUUUCUAAGAGGCUCAACUUUAAGAUUUUUAUGCAAAUUAAAAGAACCAGAAUUAUUAGAACCAUUAAUGCCGGCUAUAAGAGCAUGUUUAGAGCACAGGCAUUCCUACGUUAGGAGAAAUGCCGUUUUGGCUAUUUUCACUAUUUACAGAAAUUUUGAAUUUUUAAUUCCUGAUGCACCAGAACUAAUUGCCAAUUUUCUUGAAAGUGAACAAGAUAUGUCGUGUAAAAGAAAUGCUUUCCUAAUGUUACUACAUGCAGAUCAAGAACGUGCCUUAAAUUAUUUAGCUUCAUGUCUUGAUCAAGUAAAUUCAUUUGGAGAUAUUUUACAACUUGUAAUUGUAGAACUCAUAUAUAAAGUUUGUCAUGUAAACCCUUCAGAGAGAUCAAGAUUCAUAAGAUGCAUUUACAACCUUUUAAACUCUAGCAGUCAAGCUGUUAGAUAUGAAGCAGCAGGUACUCUGAUCACACUCUCCAGUGCUCCAACUGCUAUAAAGGCUGCAGCAAGUUGUUACAUUGAAAUUAUAAUUAAAGAAAGUGACAAUAAUGUUAAGUUGAUAGUUUUGGAUCGUCUCAUUUCUUUAAAAAAUAAUCCAACACAUGAAAGAGUGCUUCAAGAUCUUGUUAUGGAUAUACUAAGGGUUCUGUCUAGUCCUGAUUUAGAAGUUCGAAAGAAAACUCUAAAUUUGGCUAUGGAAUUAGUAUCAUCUCGAAAUAUCGAAGAAAUGGUUUUGGUUUUGAAAAAGGAAGUCACUAAAACUCACAAUGUAGUCGAACACGAAGACACGGGAAAAUAUCGUCAAUUAUUAGUAAGAACGUUACACUCCUGUUGUAUUAAAUUUCCAGACAUUGCUGCAACAGUCAUUCCAGUUUUAAUAGAAUUUUUAUCAGAUUCUAACGAGUUAGCCGCAACGGACGUAUUAGUUUUCAUUCGCGAAGCCAUACAUAAAUUUGAAAAUUUAAGGCCGCUCAUCAUAGAGAAGCUUCUCGAGUCAUUCACGUCAAUCAAAUCGGUUAAAGUUCACCGUGCCGCGUUGUGGAUUCUCGGAGAAUAUGCCUACUUGCCGGAAGAUAUUCAAACCGUCAUGACUCAAGUGAGACAAACCCUUGGAGAAAUACCAAUCGUGGAAGAUGAAUUGAAACGAGCUGCGGGUGAAAAAUCUGAAGAUGACCUUUCGUUCAGUCAAGGGCCAGUUCAGAAAUUGGUGACUUCCGACGGAACAUAUGCCACUCAGUCUUCUUUCAACACGUUAUCAACGGCAAAGAAAAACGAAGCUAGACCACCGUUACGUCAGUAUCUCAUCGACGGUGAUUUCUUUAUCGGAGCCGCCCUGGGUACUACUUUGGCCAAAUUAGCACUCCGAUAUAAUUCUUUAGUUAAAGACACCGUGAAAAGAAAUAGAUUUACAACGGAAGCCAUGUUAAUAAUGUCUUCCGUGUUGCACCUUGGAAAAUCUGGAAUUCCAUCGAAAGCAAUUACAAACGACGAUGCCGACAGAUUACUCCUUUGCUUGAGAGUUUUAAGCGAUGCGAAUCGCGAAAUCGAAACCAUUUUCAGCGAAAAAUGUCGGAAAGCUCUUUCCGUUAUGUUGGUGGCCAACGCGCUUCAAGAAUCCUCACUGCAAAAGGUUAAAAUCUACAAAAAAAAAGAAAAAAAUUUUUUUACGAUGAACGAAGCCGAUGAUCCCAUAACGUUCCUUCAACUGUCGGCGCUACGUGGAGGCGAAGACUUCGGAGGAGAAAAUUUGUUCGAAUUGUCUUUGAGUAGAGCCGUAGCCGGUGGAAAACAAACCGGAAGUGGCGACUUCACUCCCGCUUCGAGUAAAUUAAACAAAGUAAUACAAUUGACCGGAUUCAGCGAUCCCGUUUAUUCAGAAGCUUACGUUCACGUGAAUCAAUACGAUAUAGUACUCGAUGUAUUAAUUGUUAAUCAAACAGGAGACACUUUGCAAAACUGUACUUUAGAAUUGGCAACGUUGGGAGAUUUGAAACUAGUUGAAAAACCUCAACCGGUCGUGUUGGCACCUCACGAUUUUUGCAAUAUAAAAGCGAGCGUUAAAGUUGCAUCGACGGAAAAUGGAAUCAUUUUUGGAAAUAUCGUUUACGAUAUAUCCGGGGCGGCAUCCGAUCGUAACGUCGUCGUUCUCAAUGACAUACACAUCGACAUAAUGGACUACAUAGUUCCGGCAAGUUGUAACGAUACGGAAUUCCGUCAGAUGUGGGCUGAAUUCGAAUGGGAAAAUAAAGUGUCCGUGAGCACGAAUUUAACGGAUCUUCACGAAUAUCUUCAACAUUUGAUAAAAAGCACCAACAUGAAGUGUCUGACACCGGAAAAGGCUCUUUCCGGUCAAUGCGGUUUCAUGGCUGCAAACAUGUAUGCGAAAUCGAUAUUCGGUGAGGAUGCAUUAGCGAAUUUGAGCAUUGAAAAACCGUUUAACAAACCGGAAGCUGCAGUCAUCGGACACAUUCGGAUUCGAGCAAAAAGCCAAGGAAUGGCUCUUAGUUUAGGAGAUAAAAUUAAAAUGGCCCAAAAAGUACCCGUUAAACUCGGUGCGUAA